AAACGAUUAUGCGAAUAUUGUUAUGAUGGAGACAGUCCAUUACCAUAAAGAUAACACCAAACAGUGUUCUCUGACAGGACCACUUCUCAUGAACAGAUCAUCAUUCAUUCCAUUCUUUACCAUUGUGAGUCAAUACCUGAGCUGAUGACAAUUCUUAAAGAAGCCAUAACAAAGAAAUGAGAAUGUCGUCAUUUCCCCUUAUCUCUGAGAUGGUGCGGUCCAACCAGUCUGCGCAGUUAUUUGCUGGAACACGAAACACAGAAAUAGAUGUGAUCUGAUAUAUCCUGCACAAAAAAUGUGACAGGAGUAGAUAGGAAUGCACUUCUGCAUGUCCUUUAUCUCCAUGGUUAACUUUUUUCCCCUCCCAGGAUUUCCAGUUUUAUUUCAACCAUUUAAGCUUCCAAACUGCAAAGCAUCUCUCAAACCCGGCCUUUCGCUUACUGAAAACUCCAGGAGAAAAGGCAGGAUGAGAGGUGAAGAUGGUGAUCAUGGUGAUGAUGGGGAGUGGUUAAGUUUAGGCCUGGGAAUGAAGAAUGGCCCUUCAAGAUUUAAAGAGGCAAGGCCUAUUCCUGCAAAGGUGUUUUCUUGCAACUUCUGCAUGAGAAAAUUCUACAGCUCCCAGGCUUUGGGUGGCCAUCAGAAUGCCCACAAGAGGGAAAGAGGUGCUGUGAGGCAAUACCACUCCCAGAGAAUGAUGUCCACCGUGGCUUGGCCGCUCGAUAACAACAAUAAUAUGUACAGAUCGCUUGGCGUUAUGCCCCACUCGCUCGUGCAUAAGCCUGUCAGGGAUAGCUGCAGAACAGCAGCGAGGUUUGGGCAGUCGGAUACCGAGUUCUGUAUGCCAUGGCAGACUAACACCCCAAUGAUGGAGGAAGGUGCAGUGGGGUUGAAGUGGCCGGGGAGUUUUCGACUAAACUCACAACAACCAGAAGAACAGCCUGCAAAUCCUAGCAAGCUUGACUUGAAUCUGAAGCUGUGACUGUCCUCCUGCUCAUUCAUCUCAGAUUCAACUUUACUUUACUCUAUUGCAGAAUUAAUGUCAAUCCCUAUAUAGUACAGUACAUUCACUAACUUCAAAAACCAUAUAUGCAUGUGGUCCACUUAGGCUGAAAAAUCUUAGAAGUGGCUCUUAUUGGACCAAGUCCAAAUGUGUAAUGUCUACUCUUCCUUGCUAGUUACCUAAAAUAACUGUUAAACAUUCUAUUUUAUCCACAAAGUGUUGCAGAAAGCUUCGCCUU